AUGCCAAUUAGGCCCAAUGCCCCUCAACCCGUCCAAAAUCCUCAAAUCCGUCCAACAUACCAAACACCACUCAAAUCAAAACUUUCUGCCUCAAACUCUCAAACCCUUCGAGAACUUUCGAUUCCAACAGAUGUAAAGAGUCCACAAGAUGCUGUGACACCUUUCCAGAUUCCGGGUAAUGAAGCCCAGAUUGUUCAGAUUAUGUUGAAGCCGCAAGAAAAGAUUAUUGCUAAGCAUGGGUCCAUGUGCUACACGUCUUCUUCGACUCACUUGGAAAAUGUCUUCGCCACUGAAAAUGAUACAGGUGUCUGGCAGUGGCUUUUUGGAAAGAGUAUUUCGAGUGUGGUUCUCCAGAAUACAGGUUCAACUGAUGGAUUUGUUGGAAUUUCUGCGCCUUCUUUGGCAAGAAUCCUACCGAUUGAUCUAGCAAUGUUUGGCGGUGAAAUCUUAUGCCAGCCAGAUGCAUUUCUAUGCUCUAUCAAUGAUGUCAAAGUCAGUAAUAGCUUUGACCAAAGGGCACGUAACAUGAUUGCCAGUGCAGAGGGAUCUUUGAGGCAUAAGAUAUCUGGACAAGGGCUUGCUUUUAUAGUCGGAGGCGGUUCUGUUGUACAGAAAAAUCUUGAAGUGGGAGAGGUACUUGUUGUAGAUGUGGCAAGCAUAGUUGCAUUAUCAGGAACUAUCAAUUUUCAAGCCAAAUACAAUGGACAGAUGAGAAGGGCGGUAUUUGGGAAUGAUAAUAUGAUAACGGCUGUUCUAACGGGGCCAGGUAUUGUCUUCAUCCAAAGCAUGCCUUUUCAUAGGCUUUCUCAAUGCAUUGCUAGGGCGGUAACAUCUCCAAACAUGAGGGACAAUCCAAAAUUCUUCCUUCAGAUAGCAAUUUUUUUCUUUAUAGCAUAUGUUGUCAUUGUAUCAUCUUUAAUCUUAACUUAUGUUUGAGCCUUCUUAUUUCCUUUUUGUUUAUGUUAAUAUUCUAUAUCAUUCUUUGUCACCUUUAUUUU